CUUGGCUAUAACUGAGAAUCCCAAGAAGAGCGUUUUAAUUGCUGUAAAAAAGCGCGCGAGUUCACUUGAUUGAGCGACUGAUUGAGGGAAAAGCGAUUCUAAAUUCUCUGCAAGUUGUUCAAUCGGCCGUGUCUGUCAACGAAAACAAAAUUGUGGGAGCUGAAAAUCAAACAAAAUUUGUCAGAAAAAACCAGACCAAAAGACAUUCCCAUAUAAAGUUCAAUUGAUUAAAUACGGAAUACUGAAAACUGUGAAAAAACUGUGCAAAUAUACGGCAACAAAUAUUAACAAAAUAUUUAGGUGCAUGUGUACUUGUAGGUAGAUGAUAUAAAUAUACGAAGGAGAUGCAUACGCUUUUUGCCCAGAUUUAAAGCCAGCGAUCAAUAUUUGAACAACAAAUCAGCGGCAAUAACAGCCGCGGAGUGGGGCCGCGAGCAACAGCAGCGAUAUCUGGGAGCCAACUUUUAAUACAGAAACCGUGCGCGUUGGUAGGGGAUGCGUAAGACGAAUUAACACCGGCGCGUUAACACAAUUAGUGGCAGAGUGAAAAAUGACAUAAAGCUAGUGGAAGCAGAUCAAAUAAAGCAAAAUCCAUAUGCCAACCGGGAGUAGCCACCAAAAGAUCGGCCCAGAAAAUUUGCAACACUACACUCGUGGAGUGUUUUCAGUCAUGAAAUGAAGCUCCAAGAUCGCGGCUGAACAAAACGAAAGAAACGCGGAACGCAAGUUAUCUAAUUCAGACCCAAUCCGAAGGCUCUCCGACAUGGCUGAUCUACUGAAAGCUCUCAACUUCACGGGCACGCUGCUGGCGGGCCUCGAGGACAGCAGUCAUGAGUCUGCAUCGAUUGGAACCGCCACCACCACCACCACACUGCCUGAGGGUACCAAUGCCACAAGUGCCUUGAAUGUGACAACGACCAGCAGCGGGGAGAAGCUGGAUCUGGGCGGCUUUGAUCUGCCCGGCAACUACUCAAUUCUCAUCAACAAGCUCGAACAGCUGGCUCUGGGCCUGGACUCGGCUUUGGGCAACUUCACCAUCGACCGCCAGGAGGUCGAGAUCAAUCUGAGUGGCGGCGCCACCGAUGUGACCGACGAUCUGCUUUUCAGCGAUGUGCUGCCCGCUGCGCGGGCCCCGCCGCCGCAUAUUGCCCACGGAUCGAGGAUAUAUACUGGUGACGAUGGCCAGGACUUUGCCCACGUCGUCAGCGAUAUCUGGAUUGGUGUUAUUCUGACUCUUCUCAUCGUAUUCGUGAUCUUCUUCAUCUGUGCGUGCUUUGUCUACCACAAGUUCCAGCAGUGGAAGAAUUCAUACCGUGCCAAUCACAGCGACCCCACAAUCGAAAUCUGCCGCCGCUGUCCGCCGGACUACGAGGCAGAAUCGUUACCCUCCUACACCAUAGUCUCCGGCCUUCCCACCUACGACGAUGCUUUGGAGGAGUUCCGGAAGGCAGGCAUCCUACUGACUCCGUCUGUAGUGCCCAUCAUCAAGAUAUUCGAGUGCAACGACAAUGGCGGCGGCAAGGAGCAGGCCGUGGGAUACAGCCUGGUGGAGACGAACGCCAACGGCGAUGGCAGUGUCGACAACAUUUCGCUCAACUCGGCCACCUGCAACUGCGGCAAUGCCUCGCCCACCUCCACGCUGCCCAGCUACAGUGCUGCCACAGCUGCCGCCAUGGCCUUGGCGGCAGCUGCUGUUCCUCAGGUCAUCGAACUGUCACCAGACCACCUGGCCUCGCUCUCCCAGAAGCGCCUCUCGCUGCAGAUCUCAUUCAAUAAUUCGGUUAGACGGCAAUCGACGCGCUCAGGUGCCGCCUUGCGGAACAAUUUGCUGCGUUCCCGGGCCGUAGGCAACACGGCCGGAAUGGGUCCCAUCGAAACCACUGUUACCGUGGCAUCUGGACAAGGGCGUGAGGCCGGGCCCCAAAUAUUGCCCGCUCUGCAUCGCUCCUCCUCCACUCUGUCGCUCUCGAAUGAGCGCCAGCUGCUGGAUCAUCGCUUGCGGCAUUUGCAUCAUCGCGGCUCGUUGUACUGAGUGUGGCGUCUGAACAUUCGUCAAUUAUUUUUUUUUGUUUUUUUUUUCUUAUUCCCUACUCAAAUGUACUCGUUGCACGUAUCCACUGUUCUUAGACCUAAGCCAUAGAAACAAUAAAAGAAAUGCCCUUUUUUUAUGAAGGUAUUUGAAAAA